AUGUACAGAGCCACAUCCACCACCACCGCCGCGACGUGCGUGCGGCAUCAGGCGGUGCGGUCGUACAGCACCUCUGCAUCGAGCAGCACAGUCCCGGCACGACGGAACCAGCGUGCGCGCCGGUCGUCGAAACCGUCCGUCUUCGAAUCCACCACUCGCUCGGUCCCGCGCUUGGCCAAAAACACACCAGCACCGGCGACGAGGACGGACUGGACCUCGUCGCUCUGUGCCCGGGCGGCCGUACCCGUUCGCCUCGCACCGGCCCCCUCCAAGACGUACGAUACGACGCUGCCCCCAAAGACGCCCCAACUCCCCACCCUGCGCGACGGCGUCAAGGCCCUCCGCCUCUCCCUACUCCCCGGCGGGAAACGCGUCUCCACCUCCCUAGGCCUCUACAACGCUCCGCGUGAACGGUCGAAUCUCGAGGCCAUCAAGAGGGACCGCACCCGCUCCAUCAACGAACAGGUCGGUGGCGACUACGAGGCCUUCACCCUCCAAGGCCUCGGCUUGUCGCCCAAGACCAAGGAUGCGGCCACCCGCGAUGCCGGCAUGGCCGUCUCGCUCAACGAGAGCCUGGGCAAGGACGGCAAAAAGUGGCUGGUCCACAAGGUCGAAAAGCUCGCAAAGGUCUAG